AUGGGUCUGUCAUCCGCAGAUCUGAGAGAGAUAAAAGGUUGCAUUAUCUCAACAUUCAAUGAUAAAUUUCUGCAAGAUGUGGUUUCCAAAGUCGCUGCAAUGGUAGACAAACAGUUAGAGGAGAAGUUGAAGGCCCAGGAUGUGGAAAUCGAAACGCUCAAAGAAAAUCAAAACAAAAUAAUUGAGGAAAAUAUGCAGCUGAGAAAAAUUAUCGAUGAUCAAGAGCAGCAUGCGCGGAACUUAAACGUGCGCAUCCAUGGAAUCAAGGUUGAUGGCGAAAAUACCGAAAAUCUGCGAACAAAGGUUUUGGAAGUGUUUACAAAUAAAUUGAAAAUAAAUCUGGUCGACUCGGUAAUAAAAAAGUGUCAUCGUGUUUCUUCUAUGGGUCCCAGCGAUCAGCCUCCUGCAGUUUUAGUUCGUUUCGCCUCGGAUACAUCGCGCUCUCAGGAUCGAUUCAAGUUUACAAUUCUGAAUGCAGUGCUGGUCGCAAACAAAGGUGAUUUGGCAGCCCUUGUUGAUUCAGAGGCGAGAGUCAUGCUUUUGUACUGUACUAAAGAAGAAGCCAUUGAUAUACUAACGGCUGCGAGCGACUUGCAUCUGACAGGCGAAAAUUACGUCUGGGUUGUGACGCAAAGUGUUAUCGAGACAUCUUUUCAAGCGCCUUAUCAAUUUCCGGUCGGAAUGUUGGACUCAACCAAUCGACAUAGAUCGCUCACAACUCAUUUGUCGUGUGAAGGUGAAGGUGCGGCCAGGUGGGAUACAGGUGACCAAUUCUUCAAGUAUUUACGAAAUGUAAGCGUUGAAGCAGAUCAAGGGAGGCCAAAUCUAGAAUUCACGCCUGAUGGAGUGCUAAGAGCUGCCGAGCUGAAAAUUAUGAACUUACGACCGGGAGUCAGCAAACAACUUGUCUGGGAAGAGAUAGGAGUUUGGAAAUCAUGGCAGAAAGAAGGACUGGAUAUCAAAGAUAUUGUCUGGCCAGGCAACAGCCACACUCCACCUCAGGGAGUGCCUGAGAAAUUUCAUUUGAAAAUUACAUUUCUUGAAGAACCGCCGUAUAUCAAACUGGCCCCACCUGAUCCCGUCACUGGUAAAUGUUCAAUGGAUCGGGGGGUAUUGUGCCGAGUUGCCAGUGAUGAAGCCAUAACUGAGUAA